AUGAGUUUCGGCUUACCAUUGUUCUGCUGGCGCUUUCAGAAAUUAGCGCUUUUGUGUUGUUCACUGUUGCUCAUCAUAUUCACAUAUUGUAAUCUCCAUUUUCCGUCUAAUGUAUGGAGUUUGUUCCGACACCUGUCAAUUCCUAAUGAUUCUGCAUGGAAAACGUUUUCAGUAGAUGAAAUAAAUCAAAGAUUGCUUGAGGAUUAUUUGGCCUUAGAGAAGCUUAAAAUACAAAUGCACUCUGUUCAGCAGGAAUUUGCUCGAUUGAAAAAGAAUUCAUAUCAGAUCAAGACGCUGCAAAAGUCGGACGAUGGAGGGUAUGUCAGCGUAAGAUAUCAAAAUGAAGCAAACCGGAAACGGAUUCUUGUCACCGGUGGUGCGGGCUUUGUCGGUUCUCAUUUGGUAGAUCAUUUGAUGCUUGAUGGACAUGAGGUAGUCGCACUUGAUAAUUAUUUCACCGGUCGAAAACGAAAUGUGGAACACUGGGUUGGACACCCUAAUUUCGAGCUUGUCCAUCAUGAUGUAGUUAAUUCAUAUCUUACUGAAGUAGAUGAAAUCUAUCACCUUGCUUCCCCUGCAUCACCAAUCCAUUAUAUGUAUAAUCCUGUAAAAACCAUCAAAACGAACACCAUUGGCACCAUAAAUAUGUUAGGCUUAGCGAGGAGAUUGAAAGCACGUAUAUUAUUAGCCUCAACAUCUGAAAUUUAUGGUAAUCCAGGAGUACAUCCACAACCAGAAAAUUACUGGGGUCAUGUAAAUCCAGUAGGACCACGAUCGUGCUACGAUGAAGGGAAGCGGGUUGCGGAGACAUUGAUGAUUGCUUAUCAUGUCCAAGAGAAAGUGGACAUCCGAAUUGCUCGGAUAUUCAAUACAUUUGGACCUCGAAUGCAUAUGAACGAUGGUCGUGUUGUAAGUAAUUUCAUCUUGCAAGCUUUGCGUGGUCAUCCGAUAACCAUCUAUGGUAAUGGAAAACAGACACGUUCGUUCCAGUAUGUGGAUGAUUUGGUGACAGGAUUAAUCAGAUUAAUGGAAAGUAACUGCACAGAUCCAGUUAAUUUAGGAAAUCCUGAAGAAAGAACAAUUAAUGAAUUUGCAGAGUUGGUCCGUGAUUUAGUAGGUAGUAAUUCGAGUAUUGUUCAUGAACCUGGACAGCAGGAUGAUCCACAACAACGCAAGCCUGAUAUCUCACGAGCUAAUGAAAAAUUGAAUUGGAAGCCUUUAGUUUCGAUGCAUGAUGGUUUACUUAAGACAAUUGAUUACUUUCGAGAGGAACUGGAAUAUGAUCAAAUGAUGCUGAAAGAUUAUGGAAAAGAAGAUGGAACAGAUGAUAGAUCGAAAACUUUCUUUGCAACUCGGAAAAAUUUAUGA